CCUGCCCCAGCGUGAAUCAGCCGCCCCUGCGGGCUCCGCUGCCGCGCUCCGCCCCGUCCCGUCGGGGGUCUCAUAAAGCAGGCGCUCACCGCCCGCCGGCAGUGCAGACUCUGCACACCUGCUCCUUCCCCGCGCCUUCUGACAACGCCUGCCCUCGAGGGUCCCACACCAUCCUCGGCAGCAUGAUCCCAGCUCGUUCCGUGUGGCUCCUGCUGCUGCUCGUGCUGGUGGCCGCGCUGGACGAGGCUGCCCAGGCACCCAGAGGGACCAAGGCGGAGAUCUGCCUCCUGCCCCGGGAGGUCGGGCGCUGCCGAGCGCGCAUUCCCCGGUAUUACUACGACAGACGCACGCAGAGCUGCAGCCUCUUCUAUUAUGGGGGCUGCGAGGGCAACGCCAACAACUUCAACUCGUGGAAGGAAUGCCACGAGGCCUGCUGGAUGAUCGAGAAAGUUCCCAAAAUUUGCCGCUUGGAAAUCAAGAAAGACUAUUGUCACGGAUCUGUGGGACGGUAUUACUUCAAUCUAAGUUCCAUGACAUGUGAAAAAUUUCCAACUUCUGGCUACGGCUGUAAUAAGAACCGGUUCCCAGACAAAGCCACUUGUAUGGGCUACUGUGCGCCAAAGAAAAGCCCCUCAUAUUGCUACAGUCCAAAAGAUAAGGGCCUGUGCUCUGCCAACGUGACCCGCUACCAUUUUAACCCUCAGAAGAAGGACUGCGAUGCCUUCACCUACACUGGCUGCGGAGGGAAUGAGAACAACUUCGUCAACCUGCAGGACUGCAGACAGGCUUGCAUGAGAGGCGGCUUCAAGAAGGAAAAGAAAAUCAAGACUUUAACAUAUCCCUUUGUCAAGAGACGCAUGGAAACUUGGAAGAAGAAAUUUUAGAAAUUUUCCUGGGCUUCUACAUGGAUGUAGCUGAUUUUCUGACCAGCCUAAUGUGUCCUGAAUCUUCUGGUCCCGGGACUUCCCAGAUCAACAAC